UGCGUGCAACAGCCUCUUGGAAUCAGCUACAACUCAGUGCCUGAUACUGCUGCUGCUUUCGCUGCUGAUGCCUACUACGGUCUCAAGGCUGUCGCUGCUGGUGCACCGACUGGUUACGUCCAGACCAUGUCCAACUUGACUGCAUCCAACUCGGCCGACCAGUACAUGGGAUUCACUCUCCUCAAGUCAUACGAUAUUGUCUCUUGCGUCAACCAAUGCAAUGCCAUCAGUGGAUGUAACUCGGUCAACAUCUAUUUCGAACGUGAUCCCACCAUCAACCCCGACAGCCCUGCUUGCUCUCAGAACCCUCCCUCAACCAUCAACAUCAAGUGUGUGUUCUGGGGAGGUGCCGUGGUGUCUUCGAACGCCAACAACUUUGGCCAAUGGCGUGCAAACUUCCAGGUCCUGAUUGCCGGUAGCAAUGGGUACAUGAAGUCAAGCUAC